AGAUGCGCAAUGGGAGGAGUCUUUGGAAUCAUACCCAUCCCCAACAAACAGGAUAAUUGUAGCUUUCCCCGAGUAGAGUCUUGAAAUUUGAGAUUUGGAUAAUCUAAUAUAGGGUCAUCUAAUAUCGUGAAUAAUUUUGAUUGUGCGAAUUUCGCUUAGUUUUAGUAUUACUAAUAAGCUGUACUUCAUUGUAUGUAUUAUACUUUUCGUUUUUCUUUGACUUUCCAUUUCCACCGACUUCACUUUUCUUUAGAUAAUCAAUCCCUUCCAAAAAUGGAAACUUCAGCAAUCAGCAAAAACAAGAUUGAAGUAGAACAGAUUCAGAUAGCUAUCCAACAACUUAUUGAAUCCCAACAAUCUUCUGCCACUGAACCACCCAUCACUCUAAGUGAUGAAGAACACCAACUUCUUGACAAAUUGCUUUCUCAGUUGAAAUCCUUGAAAGAAGAUGAAGCCGCCAACCAAUCUGAACCACCGGCUGAACCAAAACAGGUUCCUUCAGGUAGAGCUAGUGAAUUAGAAACAGAAGGCAAUGAUGAAGAUGAUGCUUCAAAGAGUAACACAGGAGUUGGAGCAGAAGAAGUAGUUAAACAGCUGAAAAAAAUGGAGAAACAGAACAAAACUACCCAUUGGUUGAUUACAGCUCUCAUUGUCCUGACAGUUGCUUGGCAGGUCUCUGAGGUCUCCCUCUUACUAAAGCUGAAAGAUGGAUUGACCCACCCGUUAAAAUCUGUUGGUAAUGUGUUUGCCGGGAUGAUUAAACGUCCUAAACGAAACGAAGAUGUAGCAGACAAAGGUUCAUUGUUUGCAAAGAAGACAAAUGACAGUGAAAACCCUCUUAAUAUAACCAACAUGGAUUUUUCAGGUUUGAUUAAUGGAGAUGAAGAAUGAUAGUGUUGGAUUUCUUUCUCUUUUUGUUUGGCUUUCUGAUAUUGGUUAUCUGUACAGUUCUUCGUUCAAAUGUUUAUAAGAAGUUAUUUGCUUAAAAGAAAACAUCUUGUAUGAAGUACUUCUUAUCUAUGAUGAUCAAGAUUCAAGAGCGCAUUUGUACUUGAAGUGCUACCA